AGCGCGGCGGGGCUCCAGGCGGUGCGGAGCCGCUGCCAUCGCUGCCGCUCGGAUCGGAUCGGUUCGGUUCGGUUCGGCGCGCAUCAGCUCGGCUCGACGCGAUUCAGAGCUGCUCGGGUCGUAUCGGAUGGGAUCAAAGCGGAUCGGGUCAGACUAGAGCUCGGCACAGCCCAGGAGAUUUCGGCACAGCCCGGCACGGCUCGGCUCGGCACAGCCCGGCAGAUUUGGCACAGCUCGGCUCGGCACAGCUCGGCGGAUUCGGGCACAGCUCGGCGGAUUUGGGCUCAGCCCGGCAGAUUUGGCACAGCUCGGCCCGGCACAGCCCGGCAGAUUUGGGCACAGCCCGGCGGAUUUGGGCUCAGCCCAGCAGAUUCGGGCACAGCUCGGCGGAUUCGGGCACAGCUCGGCGGAUUUGGGCUCAGCCCAGUAGAUUCGGGCACAGCCCUGCACAGCUCGGCUCGGCACAGCUCGGCUCGGCACAGCUCGGCGGGUUCGGGCGCAGCCCGCACAGCGCGGCUGGCGGCGGGGAUGGCGGUGCCCGAGCCGGACGCGCGGCUGGCGCAGGAGAAGGAGGAGGAGAGCGAGGAGGAGAGCGAGGUGCUGGAGGAGAGCCCCUGCGGCCGCUGGCAGAAGCGCCGCGAGCAGGUGAACCAGGGGAACAUGCCCGGCAUCCAGAGCACCUUCCUGGCCAUGGACACGGAGGAGGGCGUGGAGGUGGUGUGGAACGAGCUGCUCUUCACCGACAAGAAAGCCUUCAAAGCGCACGAGGAGAAGAUCAAGACCAUGUUCGAGCAGCUGGUGCUGGUGGAUCACCCCAACAUCGUCAAGCUCCACAAGUACUGGCUGGAUGUGAAGGACUCGAAGGCGCGGGUCAUCUUCAUCACGGAGUACGUGUCCUCGGGGAGCCUCAAGCAGUUCCUGAAGAAAACCAAAAAGAACCACAAGGCCAUGAACGCCCGGGCCUGGAAGCGCUGGUGCACCCAAAUCCUCUCGGCUCUCAGCUUCCUGCACUCGUGUGAGCCCCCCAUCAUCCACGGCAACCUCACCAGCGACACCAUCUUCAUCCAGCACAACGGCCUCAUCAAGAUCGGCUCCGUCUGGCACCGGGUCUUUGCCAACGCGCUCCCGGACGAUCUCCGCAGCCCCAUCAGGAUCGAGCGGGAGGAGCUGCGGAACCUGCACUUCUUCCCCCCGGAAUACGGCCAGAAGGCAGACGGCACGGCCGUGGACAUCUUCUCCUUUGGGAUGUGCGCGCUGGAGAUGGCCGUGCUGGAGAUCCAGACCAACGGGGACACGCGGGUCUCGGAGGAGGCGAUCGCGCGCGCCCGGCACUCCCUGGAUGAUCCCAACAUGCGGGAGUUCAUCCUGUCCUGCCUGACCCUGAACCCCGACAAGCGCCCGACCGCCAACAGCCUCCUGUUCCACCGCGUGCUCUUCGAGGUCCAUUCCCUGAAGCUGCUGGCAGCUCACUGCUUCAUCAACCACCAGUAUCUGAUGCCGGAGAACGUGGUGGAAGAGAAGAUCAAGGAGCUGGACCUGAACAUGGUGAUGGCCGAGAUCCGCAGGGAGGGCCGGCCCGGCGCGCAGUGGAGGUACUCGGAGGUUUCCUUCCUGGAGCUCGACAAGUUCCUGGAGGACGUCAGGAACGGGAUCUACCCGCUGAUGAACUUCGCCGUCUCCAGACCCCACGCCCUCCCUCGCGCCCUGUCCCAGCCGCAGGAGGAUCCCCAGAAAGCCAAGACUCCCACGCCGGAGCCCUUCGAUGUGGAGACCAGGAAGGUGGUGCAGAUGCAGUGCAGCAUGGAGCUGAACGAGGACAAGAGCCAGUGGCACCUCACGCUCCUGCUCAUCCUGGAGGACAAACUGCACCGACAGCUCAGCUAUGACCUGCUGCCCACUGAUAACUCCAAGGAUUUGGCCACAGAGCUGGUGCAUUACGGAUUCAUCCACGAGGACGACUGUGAGAAGCUGGCCACGUUCCUGGAGAGCGCCUUCCACAAGCACCGCUCCCAAGCCCUGUGAGCCGGGCACCCGCCGCAGGUGGAUCCAGGGGAUCGAGGUGCCGGACUGGAGGAUCCCAGAGGGCUCCCGACCCACCAAACUGCAGCAGGGCAGAGCUCUCCUGGCCGGGCCCUGGGCCCACGGGGAUUUCCCCAAUCCUCGCUCUGGGAAGGCAGCAGCUGGCGGAGGACUCGGAAAACACCAGGAAUGAUGUCCCGGGCGCUGGGACUCGUGCUGUGGUCCCUGCUCCCGAGGGGAGGUGUGGGGGAGCGGGCAGCAGCCCCCAGCAGCCCCUUCCCAGUGGGGUGUGUGCUGCUGCAGGAACCCCCAGCCGGAUCCGUUUCCCUCUGGGAAUGAGCGGCUUUUCUUGCUGCAGGUCCCAAAGCUAUUUUUUCCCUCUGCCAUCUGGAAUGGUCCUUGCUCAGGGGAGGGGAGGAGCAGGCUUGGGAAGCCCCGGUGCAGCUUCCCAUCUGCCAUAUUCCACUCUCGAUCCUGAAUUUCCCCAGGUUUAGGGUUUCCACUGUGCUGCCUGUGCUCAGGUUCCUCACCGUGAGCUGGGGCAGGGUGAGCUGGAUGCGAUAUGGCUGGAGAAGAAAUUCCCGAAAUCCUGACCCACCACCUGCAACCACGCAUGUGGAUCGGCAGGAAUCUCACUGAUGCUCCACAGAAUCCUUGUCACUCCCCAGUUCCUCCUCCCGAAAUCCCUCGGCAUCCUCAGGAGGAAGCUCCGGUGCCUCUUCCUCCCGUUCCUCCUGCGGUGACUGGAACUCCAGUCCCCAGCCUGGAGACGGAAGAACUGCCACCAUCGCCACCCCAGUGCUGCCCUUUGCCAGGGACGCUUGGUUGACGUGGAGAAAAGUGCAAAAAAAAAAAGGAAUUGUCUCUGUCCAAGGCGCAAAAAAGGAAUCGUCUCUGUCCAAGAGCCGUGCAGUGCUGUUCCCGCUGUGCCAGGGAAAACUGGCUCUGGAACCCUGCUCUGUGCUGUGCCAGGGAAAACUGGCUCUGAUAUCCUGCUCUGUGCUGGUGCUGUUCCUGCUGUGCCAUAGGAAACUGGCUCUGAUGUCCUGCUCUGUGCUGGUGCUGUUCCUGCUGUGCCAUAGGAAACUGGCUCUGAUAUCCUGCUCUGCGCUGUGCCAGGGAAAACUGCCCCUGGAACCCUGCUCUGUGCUGUGCCAGGGAAAACUGCCUCUGAUAUCCUGCUCUGUGCUGUGCUGGUGCUGUUCCUGCUGCUCCCAUUGUGCCAGGGGAACCGCCUCUGGCACCCUGCUCUGCUCUGUGCUGGUGCUGCUCCUGCUCUGCCAUAGGAAACUGCCUCUGGCACCCUGGUCUGCACUGCUCUCUGCCAGGAUUUGUGCCAGUUGUCCUCCUGCUGCUCCUGCUGUGCCAGGGAAAACUGCCUCUGAUAUCCUGCUCUGUGCCAGUGCUGCUCCCCCUGUGCUGGGGGUAUCCGGCUCUGGCACUGUCCUGGUGAUCUGCACCAUGCCAGUGUUCCAUGCCGGUGUUCCGUGCUGGUGCUGCUCCCGCUGUGCCAGGGAAAUGUGCCCCUGGCACCCUGCUCUGUGCUGGUGCUGCUCCUGCUGCUCAGACUGUGCCGGUUCUGGUGCUGUCCUGGUGAUCUGCACCAUGCUGGUGCUCCGUGCCACUGCUCUGUGCCAGUGCUGCUCCUGCUGUGCCAGGGAAAACUGCCUCUGGAACCCUGAUGGUGUUCUGUGCCACUGCUCUGUGCCACUGCUCCGUGCCAGUGCUGUUCCUGCUGUGCCAGGGAAAACUGCCUCUGGCACCCUGCCAGUGUUCUGUGCCACUGCUCUGUGCUGGUGUUUCUCCAGCUGUGCCAUAGGAAACUGCCCCUGGCACCCUGCUCUGUGCUGUGCCAGGGAAAUGUGCCUCUGGCACCGUGGUCUGUGCUGUGCCAGUGGUUUUUCUGCUGCCUCUGCUGUGCCAGGAAAAUCUGCCUCUGGCAUCCUGCUGUGUGCUGAUGCUCUGUGCUGCUCCUGCUGUGCGGUGGGAGUGCAGCUCCGGCACCCUGCUCUGUGCUGUGCCGGUGCUGCUGCUGCUGUGCCAGGGAAAACUGCCUCUGGCACCCUGCUCUGUGCUGUGCCGGUGCUGCUCCUGCUGCUCCUGCUGUGCCAGGGAAAACUGCCUCCGGCACCCUGCUCUGUGCUGUGCCGGUGCUGCUCCUGCUGUGCCAGGGAAAACUGCCUCUGGCAUCCUGUGCUGUGCUGUGCCAGGGAAAACUGCCUCUGGCACCCUGCUCUGUGCUGGUGCUGCUCCCGCUGUGCCAGGGAAAACUGUUCCUGGCACCCUGCUCUGUGCUGUGCCGGUGCUGAUCCUGCUGCUCCUGCUGUGACAGGGAAAACUGCCUCUGGCAUCCUGUGCUGUGCUGUGCCAGGGAAAACUACCCCUGGCACCCUGCUCUGUGCUGAGCCAGUGCUGCUCCUGCUGCUCAGACUGUGCUGGUUCUGGUGCUGUCCUGGUGAUCUGCACCACGCUGGUGCUCCGUGCCACUGCUCCGUGCCACUGCAGCUCCUGCUGUGCAGGGAAAACUGCUCCUGGCACCCUGCUGGUGUUCUGUGCCACUGCUCUGUGCCACUGCUCCAUGCCAGUGCUGCUCCUGCUGCUCCCACUGUGCCCUGGAGCUGUCUCUGGCCUCCUGCCCCAUGCUGGUGUUCCCUCCCUGCUGGAGCUCUGCGUGCCACCUCCUGCCCUGCGCUGCUCGUGCUUUGUGGCGUCGCUCCAGCUGCAUCCCGGAGGGAUUUCAUCCACGCUCAGCCAGCCCGGGCUGCAUUCCCAGCUGUGCUGCAUCCCGGAGGGAUUUCAUCCACGCUCAGCCAGCCCAGGCUGCAUUCCUGGCUUACCCAGGGUGCAUCCCCAGCCGUGCCGCAUCCCCAGCCGUGCCAGCGUUCCAACCGGACAAAUCAAUAAAGCAGCCAGUCCCACUGGAGGGCUCUGCACCAAA